AUAACUCAAUCUAUUGUAUAACUUUUAAUAUUAACAAUUAAGCUCUGUUUCUUAUCUGGACGUUGAUUGACAUGUGGCUCCUUAUCACGUCAUCACUGUAAACACUGUGGUGCAGUCAUCACUUACGAUUUGUGAAAUGUGAAGGGUCAACCGACUAAUUUUUGGAUAUUGCUAGAAAACCUGAAAACUUAAAUAUAAAAAUGUUUUUAUAGAGAAAUUUUAAGAACCUGCAUUCGUUGGAUUGUUCCAGUGUAUAAUUAGUAGACAAUAAAAUCUGCUAUUUUACUCUAGACUAGAAGACAAUAUGGAUAUAAGUGAUGAUGAUUUUUAUGAUUCCGAUCAAAGUGAUGGAGCUGAGCAAAGUUUACAUUCCAUGCUUAACAAAAACCUUUAUGAGAAGAAUGAUGAUUUUGAUGAAUAUGAUAAACAUAUCCCAGUUGAAGGAGAAGAAAUUUUAGGAAGUAUACAAGAAGAAGUACUGGGUAAAAUUGAUGAAAACGCAUUACAUGAAGAAGUGUUAGGUCCUAUAGAUACUAUAAAAGACAGUAAAGAAAUUGAAGACAUAACCGUGUCAAACUCAUCUAUUGUUAAAAAGCUAGAUGAAGCUGAAGAAGUUAUUGUAGGUCAGGAUGUUAUUGAUAAACUAGAAGAAAAACAUUUUUUUGAUAAUUUAGAUGAUGAUGAUUUUGAACCUUUAAAGAAAAAACCUAAAAUCAGUAAUAAUGAUAAUCAAAAUAUUAACCCUCAUACAACUAUUGUAAUGAAUGUACCUCAAUUUAUUAGAUGUAAUAAAAGUGGACAAUCCAUUCAAGUACAAAAUAUUGUUUGUGGAGCUAAUAUGGGUUGUCGUUUGGAUUUGGUAAGAAUUGUUAUGUGGACUAGUAACUCUGAAUACAAUCCUCAGCGAUUUAAUGGGCUAAUAAUGCGAUUAAGAACUCCUAAUGUUACUAGCCUUUUAUUUCCUUCUGGUAAGAUGAUUAUGCAAGGUGCUAAAGAUGAUCGUACUGGAAAUUUAGCCUGUCGAAAGGUAGCUAAAAUUUUAGAAAGGCUUGGUCAUGAUGUGAAGUUUUGCGAUUAUACUAUACAUAAUAUUGUAUGCACAUGGGAUGUUGGAUUCCCUAUUAUGUUAGAAGAGCUUAAUACGGCUCAUUCGCAAUUUACAAGUUUUGAACCAGAAGUGUUUCCUGCUCUUAUUUAUAGAAUGGUGAAACCACGUGCUGUUUUUUUAAUGUUUGUUAAUGGCAAAGUUGUAAUAACUGGACUAAAAACUAAAGCAGAUAUUAAAGAAUCAGUAUUUCUGAUGCAAGAUGUAUUAAAAAGCUUUAAAAAAACUUGAAUUUAUUUUUUUGAAACCUCAUUACACCUAUCUUAUUGUUGCCAUUUUUUGUUAAUUAUAUUACUGUAAAUACCAAAUUCAUUGCUCUUUAAAUAUAAUUUCUUUUUUUUUCUCAAAAAUA